AUGAAUCUUAAUUCUGCUCAAAGCUCGAGCGCAAGAGUUCAAAGAACUAUUACCGCUGAAGAGCAAGAAGACGAUGAGGAAGAAGAGGGACCAGCGGAUGAGCCAGCUGAGACUGGACCCGUCAGACGUGUUGCAGAAAUCCAAGAAGAAGUCGACCAGGACGAAGAUGAGGAUGAUGGAAAAGAAGAGGAACGAGUGGUAUCCGAUGAUUCGCAGGAAGGAGAACAGAAAGGAUGGUUCUCGAGAUGGAGCUUCGGAAAAUGGUUCUAA